AUCACUCCAACCAACUGCCUUCUGUCUAUAUUCCCUCUUCCUCGUGAUUUUCUAGAUCUACCAUGGCGAUCACCAUCGUUUCUGUCAAGGCUCGCCAGAUCUUCGACAGUCGCGGUAACCCCACCGUCGAGACUGAUAUUACGCUGUCCGAUGGCUACUUGGCCAGAGCCGCCGUUCCGAGCGGUGCUUCUACCGGUAUUUACGAGGCUCUCGAGCUCCGGGACGGAGGAUCUGAGUACCUUGGGAAAGGUGUCUCUAAGGCUGUUAACAAUGUGAACUCCAUUAUCGGCCCUGCAUUGAUCGGCAAGGACCCUGCUGAGCAGACUGCUAUUGAUACCUUUAUGGUUCAGCAACUCGAUGGAACUGUUAACGAGUGGGGUUGGUGCAAGCAGAAGCUUGGAGCAAAUGCCAUCCUGGCUGUGUCUCUUGCAGUCUGCAAAGCUGGAGCUCAUGCCAAGGGCAUCCCACUCUACAAGCACAUUGCAAACCUUGCUGGCAACUCUAAGCUGGUGCUUCCAGUUCCUGCUUUCAAUGUCAUCAACGGUGGAUCUCAUGCUGGAAACAAGCUCGCUAUGCAGGAAUUCAUGAUUCUUCCCACCGGAGCUUCCUCCUUCAAGGAAGCCAUGAAGAUGGGUGCUGAGGUCUACCAUCAUUUGAAGUCUGUGAUUAAGAAGAAGUACGGUCAGGAUGCAACUAAUGUUGGUGACGAGGGUGGCUUUGCCCCUAACAUUCAGGAAAACAAGGAAGGUCUUGAGUUGCUCAAGACUGCUAUUGCCAAGGCUGGUUAUUCAGACAAGGUGGUUAUUGGAAUGGAUGUGGCUGCAUCUGAGUUUUACACAUCAGACAAGAAGUACGACCUGAACUUUAAGGAAGAGAACAACAAUGGUGCCGACAAGAUCUCUGGUGAUGCCCUCAAGGAUCUGUACAAGUCAUUUGCGACAGAGUACCCUAUUGUGUCCAUUGAGGAUCCCUUUGACCAAGACGACUGGGAACACUACAACAAGAUGACCAGUGAAAUAGGAGAGAAGGUUCAGAUUGUGGGAGACGAUCUCUUGGUCACCAACCCCAAGAGGGUCGAGAAAGCCAUCAAGGAUAAGGCUUGCAAUGCUCUCCUCCUCAAGGUUAACCAAAUUGGAUCUGUGACAGAGAGCAUUGAAGCUGUGAAGAUGUCGAAGCGCGCUGGAUGGGGAGUGAUGGCCAGCCACCGCAGUGGUGAAACCGAGGACACCUUCAUUGCUGAUCUCUCAGUCGGUCUAUCCACGGGACAAAUCAAGACGGGAGCACCUUGCCGGUCUGAGCGUCUGGCUAAGUACAACCAGCUGUUGAGGAUUGAGGAAGAGCUGGGAUCGGAAGCCGUCUAUGCCGGAGCCAACUUCAGGAAGCCUGUCGAGCCAUACUAGAGAACUGAGGAACGAUAGCGAGAUGAAUGGGACGCAGAGGGUGUGUGGAUUUGACGGGCGGAUCUCGGAAGAAUCUUUUUAUGUAGGGUUCGGGCUGUCAUUUAAGAUUUCGGUUUGAAUAAUUUUCUGCGAUGGACCCAAGUUGUCUUUUUUGGCUGUGGUUCGGAACGUUGUAUUAACUGAGCUGUCCUGAUUUUGUGAGGUUCUGUGAGUUCUGGUAAUGUUUAGAAGUAUGGUCCAAUAUAAUCCUGCCCACCGUUUUAAUGUUUUGUGGGGUUAGCUUAAUUUUAAUGUUUUGAAGUAUAAGAUGAAAUUAAUAUAAAUUGAGUUUUUUCAGUAAAAAAAAAUAUAUAUAUAUAAAUUGAGUUUUCGGUUGAAUGAAAUCAAAACCAUAUAGUAGAUCUUAGAGAAUGUUAAACAAGAAAAAUAGUCUUUCAUCCGUUAUUGGUUUGGGUAGAGUUCAGUGGGCGAUGGAUGUGUAUAAUUGGGGUAUAAGUUGUCAUGUAAAAUAAAAAUUUUAACUAGUCAUUAAGAAAUUUUAAAGUGCUUAUGAAAUAUUUGAAUCAAAAUUUUCUAUUAGUCCAUCAGCCAAUUAUGUAGAGAGGAUUGACGCAUUUUGCUACUUUGUUACAUUUAUAGCUCAUAAUUUGCAUCGUUGCAAAUCUAUUUUCUUGCCACGGCUGCAUUGUUAAUUUCACGCAACUUACUGGUGAUCGCAGCACCAAGAGUUUUCAACCAAUAUUUAAGUCUAGAUACCGCUUGAUUUCGUUAAUCUUAUCGAUGCGAGUCCGAGCAAGAAUCAAGUCGUCCACAUAGAUAAGAAGAAAUGCUUUAGGGAUUUGAAAAUAAGCGUAGAUUUAGAGAUUACUGAAUUGGUCAACCUUUCAAACACGAGUUGAAUCCAUGAGCAUGUGAGAGACAACUUCGUAAACUAAAACAUCUUAAUAACUAGAGUAAAAGAAAGCAAAAGCAAUUCAUGUAGUAGCGGCCAGCGAAAUGGGAGGAACCUAAACUAUGAAAACAGGGUUGUGGGAGAGCAAUACAUUAACUAAGUACGCCAAAGACAAAGUACGGAAAGGUGUCUAUAACUUCUGUGUCGGGUCCUACCCCAACCUAGAGUAACUAACUGGGGAAUUAAAUUAAUACUUGUUUAUACAUUGGCCAAGACUUCAUCAAGAGUCAAGACCAUAAAUACGAGCAAUGUUGUCUCCUACUUGAAAUAUGGUUCUGGUAUCUUAUGGACAUUAUAAAACAUAUUAAUCAAUAAUAUUAAUCCAAAAAUAUUCUUUAUUCUCAACCUUUAGAAGUCGAUAGCCAGUGUGUAGUGCUAUUAGAAAAUAUUAUGAUAAUACGAUAUGUUGUGUAGUUUAUAAUUUCCAUCCCAAUAUCUAGUGGACAGUACACAACAUAUUAAUCAAAAAAUAUUAUAUAAUAUUCACCUUCAGAAGUCGAUAGUUUGUGUGUAGUGUUAUUGGGAAAUAUGAAGAUUAUAUGAUAGUAUAAACAAGGAACAACUUUUUGUCAUGUGAACAUUUGGUGUGCCGAAUGACCCACAAUCCACCCACCACUCAUCCGAAUAAAUGCAUGUAGGAGAUUCAUCAAUCCGCAAUCCACUCACAUUAAUUACCCUCCCACUGUGAUUCGAAUUAUUUGUAGGUGGAUCGAUGUCAAACCGCGAAUUAAAACACUAAGUGCCUACCACUAUCCUCAACAACAAACUUAACAUAAAAAAUUCAAUAACAGAGACUAGUGGCGGAGCCAUGGUACAACCCCUACUCAACUCUUAAUAUUGUGUAAAUUUACAUGUAAAUCUCAUAAAAAAAUAAUUGACAAUGUUUUUU